GCCAGUCAUUUAAAGUUGUCUAAUAUAUUUUGUUCGACAAAAUAAUAAUGGAUCAGGAUACUUUACAAUAUUAUUGUAAUUUUCGUCGACCUCCAGGUCCAAUAAAUAUUUGGAAUAUUGUUAAUAAAAAAAUUAAUGGAAAAUGUGUAAAAUUUAAAAUUCAAGAAAUUUUUGAUGACAUGCAUGAUGCUGUAAUUGAACAUAUGUGCAAUGAUUUUAUUAGGGAGGAAGAAUUUUUUUCCAAUUUUAAAAUCAAAGACACUCCAGAUUCUUAUAAAGAAAUACGAAUUUUUUGGAAAGAGAUUUUAAAGUGUGGUAUGAGUAUAGUUGCAAUUGUCGAUAAACCUACUGAAAAAAUACCUGUAAUUGCAGGUGUUAAUAUACUUUUUGUUUCUGUUAAGAAAGCUGAUGAUAAAACAACAUUUAAAAAUACAUUUAAAACAAAAAGUCUUUCAAUGAUGGUGAAAUUGAUGGAAAAAAUUGCAUCUGAAUCCGUUUGGCAUCAAAUUUAUAGAGCUGAUAAAUAUUUAAUUGGAUGGGGUUUAAGUGUUGAUCGUAAUUUUCGAGGAAUGUCUCUUGGUGGCCAUAUACUGUCAGCAAGACAUCUUUUAAGCCGCAAGUAUGGAAUUCCAGUUUCCGUAACACUUUUUUCGGCACCUUCUGCGAUUAAAUUAGCUGAACACGAAGGAUAUGAAUGUCUGGUAGAAAAAAAAGUUUCUGACUUGCUCAACAAUAAAGGAGAAUUAAUAUUCAAAGGAAGUAAAUCUAACUGUUUUAAAUUUAUGGGAAAACGAUUUUAAAAUAAUAAUUCAUAAAAAAAUAUAUUUUUUCCAUAAAAUAUUAAUAUACAGAAAAAAAUUAUUUUUGUUGUUAAAAGAAAGAAUAUUUUUUCAGAAAAAAAUAUUUUGUAAAAAAAAAAAUAAUUUUUGUAGAGAAAAAAAAACGAGGAAAAAAAUAUUUUUUUUUGAAAAAAGAAAUAUUUUUAUAGAAAAAAAUCUUAAAAAUUAAAUUAAAAUAUUGCUGCCCAAAAAAGAUUUUAUUCGUCAAGUCAAUAUAGCGGGGAAAAUUCUUCAGUCGCGAUCCGCGCGUGGUUGGAGCAAGAACUCCUUUCCUCUCGCUCUCUCUCAAAAAAAAAAAAUUAUUUCUCUCUCUCUCUCUCUUAUUUUUAUCAUCAAAUAAAAAGAAAAUUUCAUCUACUUUUUAAUUAAUUAGAAUAGUUUUAUUUUUUUUAAAUGAAAUUUAAUUUCCUUAUGUAAUUUGGCAAUGCUAUUAGAAUAUUAAUUAUUUAAAAAAUUUUUAAAAAUAAAAGACAGCAUUAAUAUAUGAAAUUGAAAUAAAUAAUUUUUCUUAAUCAUCCCAAGAAGAUAUGAGAAUAGAAGAAAAGAAUGCGAAUAAAAUGGAACAACAAAUUAAAUUCUCAAGUCCUUUGCUCAUUUUUUUUUUUUUUUUUUUGUAGAUCGUCGUACACCAUAUUAUAUGGAAAAUUAAAGAAUGAGUUGACAAAAAAUGCCAAGUGCUUUUAAGAAUGAAUUGUCGUAAAAAAAAUGUAAAUUGAAAUGAGAGGCAUAAAUAUUUCACAAAUUGCCAAAAAUUUUAUUCGAUUGAGAAAACGUGUAAAAAAAAUCUAAUCAAAAACUAAAGUGCAAUGAAUUCAAAUGAUACAAAAUAUAAUGUAAGUGAUGAACUUUAUCUCGAAAUAGAAACCCUUAAUGUUUCAUUGACAAGUGUCAACAUUACACAGGAAAUUGAUUCGUUCUACUUCUAUCAGACUGAACAAUUUACAUUCCUAUCUAUUUUACUCGCAAUAAUUGUCGCCGGAAAUACAACAGUAUUAGCAUGUUUGCUAAUGGGAAAAAGAAGAAAAUCACGAAUGAAUUUUUUUAUCAAACAACUUGCAUUUGCAGAUUUAAUGGUGGGUUUGAUAUCUGUUCUAACGGAUAUUAUUUGGAGGACAACAGUCACCUGGUAUGCGGGAAAUAUAGCUUGCAAGCUAAUUAGAUUUAUGCAAGCAAUUGUAACUUAUAGUUCCACAUAUGUUCUCGUUGCCCUUUCCAUCGAUAGAUACGAUGCCAUAACAAGACCAAUGAACUUCACAGGAAGCUGGCGAAGAGCUCACAUAUUAAUUGCCAGUGCUUGGGGAUUAUCGACAAUUUUUAGUAGUCCUAUGAUUUUUCUCUAUGAAGAAAAAUUAGUUCAGGGUAAAUUGCAAUGUUGGAUUGAAUUGGGAUCACCUUUAUAUUGGCGAAUCUACAUGAGCCUUGUCAGCAUCACAAUUUUUAUUUUACCAACUUUUAUAAUCGGUGGAUGUUAUUUGGUAAUUGUGGUAACCAUUUGGUCACAAGGAAAUGUCAUACAAGAAGGGCCAACACGUGAAAUAAGAAGAGCAUCAUCACGAGGACUUAUUCCCCGGGCAAAAAUCAAAACAGUCAAAAUGACCUUUGUCAUUGUAUUCGUGUUCAUUUUAUGCUGGAGUCCUUAUAUAAUUUUCGAUCUACUUCAAGUUUACGGUCACGUGCCUGCAACACAGACAAAUAUUGCAGUUGCCACAUUCAUUCAAAGUCUAGCACCUUUAAAUUCAGCAGCCAAUCCUAUUAUUUACUGUCUUUUUAGUACACCAUUUUGCAAAAAUAUUCGAAAUACUCAAGCCAUAUCGUGGAUCGUGGGAUGGUGUCCAACCAUUCCACAAUAUUGCUUUAGUACAACUGCCCCUCAGAAUAGUUCAAGAACGACAAUGACGACUUCCUUGACUGCCAAUUCAUCCCGAAGGAGUGGUUGUCAAAAUGCAACGUUGCAUUCGGCAUCAAGAAAACGUGUAAUGAUUUCUUUGGUUUAAAAAAAAGUGUUUUUUUUUCGUAAUGAAAAUUCAACUCUCAAAAAAGACUUGACAAGUUUUUCCAUAAAAAUCUCAUCGAUAAUUAUUACGAGCAUUGUAAUUAUGUAACUUUGCUAUGACAUUUGUAAAUAAGUUAAUAAAUAAUUGUAUAAAACAAAAAAAAAACAAAAAAAAAUUGUUUCAAUCUUUCCUU